UUACCUGGUUAUGACUCUUCUAAUGGUUUGGAACUGGUUGGAAUGACAAGAAUGGAGGUAAGACAUAGAUUAAGGAACUAAUCGUUUUUCUUUUUUUUUUUACAGGUACUUUUGAAGAUAUUUUUUUUUUCUUUCUACUUGGUUGGUUAUUUUCUCUAAUGGUAUGGUGUGUCUCUCACUCUCUUUGGUAUGGUGUCUCUCUCUUGCUCUUCUCUGUAAUGUUUGUGUGGUCUCUUCGUCUCUUUUUUUACUUGGUUGGUCUCUCUCUUUCCGUUUCCUUCAUCUGUCUCUCGUUGUCAUGGUAUUUUCUUCCAGAAUCCUUUACUACGUGGUUAGUCCUUAUCUUUUUUUUUUGUUUCUUCUUAUUUGAUUGGUCUCUUCCAUGUUUGAUGGUCUCAUUCUGUUUUUCUACUUGAUUGGCAUCUCUGUCUCCAUUAGUAUUAUUAUUAUUAUCAUUGUCAUUAUUAUCACCAGUAUUGUAUAUAUUAUUUAUAUUGUUGGUAUUUAGUUACUUUUUUUCUUUAUUCCCUUUCUUUUCUCCUGUAAAAAUACUCUUUUAUUUAAAUAAAAUGUUUGAUUAUUUAAAUUAUCCUGCUAUGGUGUUUUGUGUCUGUACCUAUUGCUACUAUCUAUUAUUGUGAUGAUUUAAUAAAAUGUAUCUUUGAGUGUAUCAUGUAGUGAAGUGUAUGAUAUGCUCUACUGUAUCAUCAACGAUAUCGUUAUUUUCGUUAAGAGAGAAGAUGAACAAUCAACAGUAUACAGGUACAACUUGCUAUUGUCAUGGGUGGUGAUGAUGAUUG